AUGUCUGAAAACACCAUUUUUAUCCACUUGUGUCUGCUUCAAAACUCAUCAUCAACAUUACUGGUAUUCCCUCCGUUACCUAACCCAUUCGGUUAUAACAUUAAAAACCUUGCCAAUUUCAGUCAACCCGAUGCACCACUCUGUUCUUCUCAAUUUCACUUUCACCCCUCAAAAAAUCGAGACGACCCGCCACUCGGUGUUGUGACGUGCAGUGUCUCUUCUAAGGCGUCAAUCUCUGUGUUAACCAAUUCGCCUUUUUUGACAUACUUUUCCGUUCGUCUCCAGAAGAUUGCUCAGUUCCUCAGUACACAACAUGAAGUGACUAAAGACAUCUUUAUACAGUCAUACAAUCUAUUGGUCUGCAGCGCAGUACCAUCUCCGUCCCCCUUUGAAAUAGAAAGUUCAUAUAAGAGCGACACGUCUCUCACAAAGUUGUUACUGAAAUUCCCAAACGACUUCUUCUCAAUAUUAAAGUUAACUCUUAUAGACUCCAAAAGUGUGUUAUUAAGUACAGAAGAGUCGAGUAGUUCAAUGUUAUAUUCUCUGGUGUCUUGUAACCCAGGAGAAGUCAUUCGAUUCGACGACGUUCUUUCUCUCUGCGGUGUCGAUGUGAUCAACCCAUUGUUGGAACUCGCGUUGCCACUGAAGACGUCAUUGGACCAUCACACACUCUUUACACUUCCUUAUGUACUCUUACCUACAUUCGUCGACAAGCCUUUCUUCGCCGCAAUGUCAAAUAAUAUUCUUCGAACGCGCAAUGAAAGUGUCGACGUUGUUAUCGACGUCGAUAACGCUAAAUUUGUGUGGAACAACAAAGAGAUUCAGCGAAGUGUUGCGAUGACUUCUUGCGACAAAAAGUUAGCGAAAACGAUGGUAGAAAAGGUCAAAUUGUAUCAACAAAAUGCGACCAAUGGGAUGUAUGAAGGGAGUGAGCAUUGGCUUAUAAUGCGGUGUUGCACAUACAUCGUCUCGUUGUUGUCGUAUUUGUGUACACUCGACAUCUUUGAGAUCGACGCAGAGACCGACGGGAAAGUCUCCAGAAGUUGUGAUUUUGGCGUAGAUUUUAUGAAGCGAUUUCUGAAGACCCAAAUGUUUGAGGACUGGCGAAAGACAUUGAGUUUGUCUGGCAAAGCGACAAAAUUGGCAAAUCUUUUUUCAACAACCCAUCCCACUACUAUUCCCUUAAUUGGGAAGGCAUCAACAACGAGGGGAACUCUAUAUGACUACGAGCAACUCUUUGAUAUUAAAAAAGUGAUGGAAGACCUUGGAAUUAGUGGAGAGGAGCAAAUGAAGGAAAGAGUCGACUUAGGUGGUGAUGGGGUCAUCGAGUUGUGA